AGUCGUAAGGCCCAUUGACGGCUCAAAUGAUAUAUCCAGGCGAGGUGGAACUUCCAUCAGGAACUCCCCACCAAUUAAAGCCAUACGAAUAUUAUUUUAUUAUUUAUGGUUCAAAAAUGGGAGCAGUUCGACUCAGUGAUCGCGCUGAUAAGCUAUCGUUUUGAUAAGUUGAGAAUCAUGCGCCUGCUACUCCCGUUUAAAGGGUGACCGCUUGAGCUAACUGCUCUGAAUAUGAUUCAUUAGUUGUAAUAUCGCUUCCCGGUGGUUCGGAACCCACUUUAAAUUUUAGGUCCACUCAUCUUCCAUUACCAUCCGCCUCAUUACCCACGCACAAGCCUAUAAGCUCAUGUGGUCAUCACCCUCAGAAAGAAAAUUUAACAGGUUUUUGUGCCACUGGUUCUAUGUUUAUCAUAAUAUUUCCCAUCAAUUGGAAAAAAUCUGCAGUCUUUUCCAAAUGCUUUCUCUUUUCUAGCAUCAGAUAAUACCUUAUCAAUAGUGAUGAUGGAAGAAAUAAAUAUUAAGAUCCAGAGAAAACAGCCCUGUUUUACUGUGAAUAAAUAAAGGAUAAUUCAUAUUAUUCUUAAUUCUAUAUUGAUCUUCUAUCAACUAAAUCACAUUGGAAGAGUAAGAACUUGUUUAAACAAAAAAUUCAAAGUAUUUCCAAUAUUGGAAAAUCUUGUUUCGAAUCAAGAUGAUGUCUCUUGAGGAUCGAGCUUCAGGGGUCAGUCGAGAACCGCUGUCCAAAUUUGUGUGUACAAUAGGGCCUUCAAGUAGCUCCCUACCUGCUCUGGAAUCACUGCUGGAGGCAGGCAUGUCAGUUGCUCUAAUCAAAUCAUGUCUGAUGAGCACUGACGAAAUUCUGCAAACUGUCAGAGAUAUUCGCGAAGCCGUCAAUAUGUACAGUGCUCAAAUCAACAGAGCCUAUCCACUUGCUUUAGCCCUCGAAAUUAAGGGUCAGACCAUACAUACUGGUCAACUUUUUGAAGGAGGAACAAUAGAAAUUCCAGAAGGCAGUAAUCUGAUUUUAACCACAAACGAGGACUGGAAAAGUAAAGGAUCUUCUGAAAAAGUAUUUAUCGGCUGCCCUCAAAAGAUGGAUUAUCUAGAUCAAGGAACUGAAAUCAAUAUUGACAAUGGAGAAAUAUUGCUGAAUGUAGAUUACAUCAUGGGAGAAGAAGAAGAGGACAUAGUAUGCCAAGUUAUAAAAGGUGGUACACUUCAAGAAAAUAAACCAGUGCAAUUAUCUGGAAUCCACUUACCUACAAGUAAUUUGACUCAGAAGGAUUAUGAUGACAUCGAUCUAGCCAUCAAUUUGAGUCUGGAUUAUAUUUUUGUCCCGAGCGUUCGGAAUGAGAGAGUAAUGGAAGAUAUCAGAACUUUCAAUGAGAGACGGCAUAGUAAUAUUCUCAUCGUAGCAAAGUUGCAAAACAAACUUGUGGAUGAAAAUAUUGAGAAUAUUGUAAAACAAGCCGAUGCUAUAAUUCUAGUGAGAGAUGCACUGAGUGUUGAAAUGAGUGGAGAGAGAAUUGUAUCUGUAAUGGAUAAUAUCUGCUCCAUGUGUAAAAAGCUCGGCAAACCAGUGCUCUUGGAAGGAGGCGUCUUGUCUUCUAUGAGUUCAGGAAAAGAUCCAUCAUUGUUGGAGGUGCAAGAUGUGGUCACGUGUCAGCGAAUCGGGUUCGAUGGCUUUGUGCUGGGAGAUGUGACAGCCAAUGGCUCAAAUCCGGCCAAAUGCUUGAAAGAAAUCGUCUCCAUCUGCUGUCAAGCGGAGUCUUCUUCUUGGCAAUCACAUUCCUUCCACAAACUUGUCACUCCAACUGCAAAGCCGAUAGACCCAGCGCAGGCGAUAGCUCUAUCAGUGGUGGAGACAGCUUCACGGAUAGCGGCCGCUGCGGUUGUGGUGAUCACAACGUCAGGAGCGUCAGCCCGCCUCAUCAGCCGCUACCUGCCAAGGAUGCCGGUCAUCGCAGUCACCAGCCACUCACGUGUCGCCAGGCAACUUGCCAUCUGGAAAACGGUCCUACCCUACCAUUAUGUUGCUCCUGAAGUGAAAGACUGGCAAACCAACAUCGACCUUCGCCUGCAGGCGGGAAUCGAUCUGGGAAAGAGCAAAUCGAUAGUGCAGCCAGGAGACCCCCUGGUGCUUCUGAGCAACUCCCGCCCAGGUACAGGCUUCACCAACACAAUGCGCGUCUUCUAUGCAUCACAGGCUGACCCCUGGCUCAACAUAACUUCCGAAUUCAUCAACCAGCCCGUCUAUAAACCUGAGCAAAACUCAACGGGUGACGUCGUACAACAGUGUCCGUACUUGUUGCAAGCUGCCUGCGUAUCUUCCGAUGAAAAGGCAUCUGAACCAGAGAUAAUUAUUUGACGGGGUUUUUGGCAACGAGUAAUAUUGUCGAAGAGACUUGGUAUAAGCUAAAUGGAAAUUUACCAAUACCACAGAUUAUUUGAUUGGGUUUUUGGCAACGUGGGAUACUUUGGAAGAGAACUGAUGCAAAUUAUUUGUGAGUACCUAUUACAAGUUGAACAAAAACUAAUAGAAUUUUGGCUGUACAGUACUUUAUUCUUUCAAUUACAAAAAACCACAUGAAUUGAAUUUUGAAAUUGAAGAGAAAAUCGUGAUCCUUGAAAGAAUAAAAGAGAAUAUAAUGAACCCGUGUUCUAUUUGAUUGUGUCAUGUUAACUAGCUUUUUAGUGAUUUCAACUGUCUUAGUAGAAAACUAAUUGAAUUUGAAAGUUGUAUUAUGUGCUAUAUAAAUGAAUAAAUAAGAUUCUUCGACUUUUGGAAGCUGUC